AUGAACUCGGAUACAGAUACAGCGUUUAAAACCUUCUCGCUCGCCAACGACGUGCGUGAAAUAGACGCCGCGGACGAGAUAUUAGUGUACGAUAAAGCCGAAGCUGUGAGGAUCGACAAGGAGGCACCAUGGAAGAAAGACCCACAUUACUUUAAAAAGGUGCACAUUUCGGUGAUUGCGUUGAUCAAAAUGGUCAUUCACGCGAGGUCGGGAGGGAUAUAUGAGAUCAUGGGUAUGAUGCAGGGAAAAGUCCGGGCGUCAGAUCGGAGCUUGGUCGUGAUGGACUCGUUUGCGUUGCCUGUCCAAGGAACGGAGACGCGCGUUAAUGCCGCGAACGAGGCCAACGAGUAUAUGGUUGCAUUUCAGCAAGGUUCGGAAAGGGCCGGCCGAUUGGAAAACGCGAUUGGAUGGUAUCAUUCCCAUCCCGGGUAUGGGUGCUGGCUUUCGGGGAUCGACGUGGAUACUCAAAGCACGAACCAAAAGUUCCAAGAUCCGUUCGUGGCUGUUGUGAUUGACCCGAACCGGACGAUUUCUGCCGGUAAAGUGGAUAUUGGUGCGUUUAGGACGUUCCCUGCGGAUUACAAGGCUCCUGCGAGUGAGGUUGCCGAGUACCAGUCGAUCCCGUUGAGUAAGAUUGAGGAUUUCGGUGUGCAUGCGAAUAGCUAUUAUCCGCUCGAGGUGGAAGUGUUCAAGUCCAAACUGGACAAUGAAUUGCUCGGACGGCUAUGGAACAAGUACUGGGUCAACACCUUGAGCCAAAGCCCGCUCAUCUCGAACCGAGCGUACGCGGUCUCGCAGUUGACCGACUUGGGAGCGAAGCUCGCCAAGGCCCAAGGAUCACUCACGCAACGAGGGGCGGCGGCGGGGAACGCGGCACUGGCAGGUAUCCCCGAAGAAGUGCUGGGUGGGCGCAAGGGUAAAGCGAAGAGCGGAGAAGAAGACAAGGGGCGCGAGGAGAGUGCGUUGAACAAGGUGGUCAAGGAUAGCACCAAGAUCGCACGCGAGGCACAGCACGGACUGAUCGCGCAGGUGCUCAAGGAUAUUGUGUUUGGGACACGUCCCGGCGAAGAGACGCAGACAGGGGGGAUCGAAGCGCGGGUGGCAGGGGUGAUUGCAUCGUACCCACAGCUGCAGCUGAUCCAGCGACAGCACUUGCAGCGGAUGCAACAGCAAGCCAGCCAGGCGCCACGCUCGCUGCUGCUCUCUCCGACGGACAUGAACCCCUGGCGCGCGUCGGUCGGUGCUCCUGCCCACGGCACUGUCGGUACCUUUGCCGAUCUCUCUGCCAGUGCUGCCUUGCCCAAUCCUGCUGCCCUUGCCCAGCGCGUGGGAGGACGCACCGAUCCGCUGUUUAACCCCCAGAACACGUCGAAUGUCUACAUUAAUGGUCUUCCCACGUUCUUCUCCACUUCGCAGCUCUACGACUUGUGCUCCGAGUUUGGCCCCAUUACCAGCGUGCGCACUUUUGACCGUCUCAACACUCCUGAGCCUUCUACUUAUGGGUUUGUUUUGUUUGCGGACAUCGAAUCGGCUCGUCGUUGCAUUGUCGCCCUUCGCCAGUACAGCGAUCUUCACCCCUCGUUUGCCAAGACUCAGAAGAUUCCCCAGUCGUCGACCGACUCUCAGCUGUCGGAUGCAUUUGAAAAGCGCAUGGAGCGUCUGAGCAUGUUUGACCAGUCGAGUCGCUUCCUGGCUGCCAAUGCUCCCCAGCCCAUUGCAUCCCGUAGCGCUCCGAUGGCUCCGUCUGUCCCGGCCGAGGCUGACGAUUUGGCGUGGCGCGCACGCGUUGUGUCUGCCCCUGUUGUUCUCCAAGGUCCCAAUCCUCGUCCCAAGUUUUCCAAUGGACGCUCGUCUUUGGAGACGGUGCUCGAGGAUCCAGCCGUUCCUCAAGAGACUCCUGCUGAUGUGUUUGUUGAAGGGUUGCCGGUCAAUAUACAGCGCUCGGAGCUCGAUGUGCUAUUUGCUCCGCACAGAAUUUUAGACAAUCGUGUGUGUCAAAUGGCAGGUCCCCCCGGCAUGCCUAAUAGUAUGGCGGGUGUAAUGAGACUUCCGUCUCUGAGUGCGGCCCGGGAUGUUGAAGCUCGCCUCAAUGGCUGGCGUCUCAAUGGCUGGUCUUAUGAUCUCAAAGUCGUGGUGAUUGUGAACCAGAAUGAUGAAGACAAUGACAAUCCAUUCGAGGUUCAGCCUGGUCGUGCUCCAGCCCCUGCUGGCCGGUGGCCCACCAUUGGUCUUGGCGUUCCUCCCAUUCGUUCUGCCCCACAAGAGAUUGCCGGCCGCCGCAUUUCCUCGAUGCCCACGGGCUCUAGCGCCGGCAUCGGUACAAUGGCAAGCAUUCACGCUCCUCGGCUGGAACAAGGUGUACCGGCUCGCAAAUCGUCGGCAAUCCAAGUUCGGGCGCCUCCCCCGAUUUAUACCACUGGCAUCGGGGCCGUGGGCUCGGAGCGCUCGAGCCCGAUUGGUUCGGACCGUCAUGCUCAACCUCUCCAACUUGACGCUGCCUUUUCUCCUCGGUCUCCGACUGGCUCUGGAAGUGACGGUAGCAUGAGUCCGGUAUCGCCCGCGCUUACCUUUACCAGCAGUGGGCGUACCCCAACUAUGACAACCAUUGCAACUCCACGCCAUGAUGACGAGAGCAAGAAUGUCCGCGGCGAAGGUGCAAAGGAAACCGGACUGGAUCUGAAACUCGACGUCGAGGAAGGCGAGGAAGGCGAAGUGACGGCCCGGGCGGUUGGUCUGGCGGGGCUGGACGAGUAG